AUGGGUGCGGAAUGGGGCGUACUCAAUCUAGCAGAGUGGUCACCCUUACACCUUGCUGCCGGAUCGAAACCGUCACGAAACAUUUUAAAAACAGUCCGGACAAUCAAGCUAGACGUGAACAUACAGGGCCGAGGAGGACUUACACCGCUACAUUUUGCGGUGCGAAGUAAUAAUGUUCCUAUGGCAGAAGCGUUGAUUGAUAAUGGAGCGAACAUUCAAACCAUCGAUAAUUUUCGCAGAACCUUAUUGCAUUGGGCGGCACACCGCGGAUCUAUUGAUGUUGCCCACGUUCUACUUCAGAAAGGCACAAACAUAGACUCAGUCGAUGACCUUGGAAGAACUGCUCUCCACAUAGCCGCUCUUCGUGGUCAUAAAGAAAUUUUAGAGGCCCUUUUGAAUUUGGGCGCUGAUAUUGAGGCUUUGGAUCGUGAUGGAAAAACUCCUAUUCGAGUAACGAAUGACACUGCUAUUCGCAACUUGCUAAAGGUUAAGGGAGCGAAUAUGAGCAAGAAUCCCAACGAAUACCGUAGCGCUCUACAAGAAGCUACAAGAGAUAUUGCCGGUGUCAAACUGCUUCUUGAUGCGGGAGCUGAUCCCAAUUCGAGGUUUAGCUCUGCACUACAUACAGCCAUCAAGGUUGGCGAAAGAAGAAUUAUCGAAAUGUUUAUAGAGAAUAAAGCAAAUAUGGAUUUCACCAACAAGAAGGGCGAAACCGUCACUGCGCUUAAGGUGGCUAUCGACGCGGGAAACCUGGAGGUCUUUGGCUUGUUGGUCUCCAAGGGCGCAAAUAAAAAGGAUUCAAAUGCUCCCAGAUCGGCAGCGAAAGCAGGGUACGAAGAUAUCGUCAAGCUUCUCAUCAAGGAAGGAGCAGACCCAAAUCUUGAGGAUAAGAAUGGCAGCACAACUCUUCACGCAGCGGCAGAAGCAGGACAAUAUGAUAUUAUCAAAUUUCUAUUGUCCAAAGAUAUAAAAUUGACAGCAAAAACCAAACACGGCGGCACCGCGCUCGAGAUAGCAGCUAAGUUAGGACAUUUCAAGAUAAUCGAUCUACUAGUUUCUCGGAUGCCGGAGAUAGCAGUGCAACAUCUUCUCAGGCAAGGAGCGAAUGUUCACAUUCAGAAUAAAUACGGACAGACAGCACUACAUCUUUCCGCCCUGGUAUCCAAAGAAAAAAUAGUACAAUUAUUGCUCGAUCAUGGAGCGGAUCCGACAAUUAAGGACAAAAACGGCGAAUUUGCCGCGCAGAUAGCAAGGAAAUCCGGCGUUAAAGCGAUUGAAAACACCCUGAUACUUCACGAAAUUAACUCCAACAAAAAUCACGAGGAUCUCCAUAUUGCAGCAAGGGCCGGGAAUAAGGCUGUAGUAAAGAAUCUUUUAGACAAAGGAAGGCUUGUCGACUCCCUCGAUACGAAUGGCGGAACUGCAUUACAGACCGCAUCGAGUAAAGGACAUCAUGAGGUUGUGAAGCAAUUACUAGAAGCCAAUGCGAGCGUCGAUCUCCAAGAUCAUGAUGGUCGAACGGCACUACAUGCGGCUUCAGAAGCCGGUCAUCAGCCGGCCCUAGAUCUCCUUCUCAAGCGCAAUUUUCACAUCGACAUCAAAUACAAGGGAGAUAGAAACGCAUUAUUUCUAGCGGCUGCUGCUGGUGAGGAUAUAAUUGUCCGGAUGUUGGUACAGAAAGGGGCAGAUAUCAUCACUCAAGAUAAAAGUGAGCGUACACCGCUCUCCAUGGCAAUUAGAAAAGGUCAUGAAGAAGUGCUAGGUGUUCUUUUAGAACGUAAACUUAUAGAUAAAAAGGACAGAGUUCAUAGCACCAAACACAAACACCCCAAGAUUACAGCUCUAUCAGAUGCGAAUGGUGGAAAGCUUCUAGAAAAGGCGAUCCUGGCUGGGAAUGAAAAGAUUGUUCAAAUACUCCUGGACAACGGUGUCGACGCAAAUGCCCCCGGGGAGAAACACGGCAGUUCUCUUCAAGCUGCUCUGUUUUCUGAAGACGUUGAAUGGUUGCCUUCACUAGGAUUAUUAGAGCUUCUCUUCGAGCACGGGGCCGACAUCAACGCUUACAGCGAUGAUCAUUGCAGUGCGCGCUAA